UUCCAUCAAAACGAACGCCUGGUAGUGUGAAAAAUUAAAACGAGCUGAUGUAGAGUGUUUGUGGUGAAAAGUGCAGUGACUGAGUGUUUAAGAUUAGAAAAUCAACUAUUUUCUCGCUAAUUUACCAGUAGAGAUUUACAAGCCAAUCCUCAGCGGUUGAGAAGAUUGUUACGGUUAAAGUUGGUAUUAAAAGUUAUAGAAGAAAGUUGCAAUUUGCUGUAAUUUCUAAGAAGAACAAUGGCAGUAGCUCCAGUAAUCAUUCAAUCGGCCGCAAAGCACACAUCUACGCUAAUCUUCUUACAUGGAUUGGGCGACACCGGCCAUGGGUGGGCCACAUCUAUGGGCAUGAUUCGAACACCGGACAUGAAGGUAAUUUGCCCUACAGCACCCAAGAUGCCGGUAACACUGAACGCUGGAUUCUGCAUGCCGUCUUGGUUUGAUUUGAAAACGCUUGACAUUGGUGGUCCCGAGGAUGAAGAUGGUAUCAAAAAUGCAACCAAGAAUGUGCAUGAACUGAUUCGGAGCGAAAUUCAGGGAGGAAUUUCCGCCAAUCGAAUAAUGUUGGGAGGGUUUUCGCAAGGAGGUGCCCUUGCAUUGUACGCAGCAUUGACUUUCACAGAACCUUUGGCUGGAGUAAUGGCGUUGUCGUGCUGGUUGCCAAUGCACAAAAGUUUUCCUGGGUCUCUGAAAUGCCCAAACACAGUGCCGGUUCUCCAAUGCCACGGGGAUUGCGAUCCGGUGGUGCCAUACAAAUUUGGUCAAUUAUCAUCGAGUGUGUUAAAAACAUUUAUGAAAAACUCGCAGUUCCAGUCGUACAGAGGUCUGUCGCAUACAUCAUCUGAAGCCGAAUUAGAAGAUAUGAAGAAAUUCAUUGAGAAAUACGUCCGACGUCAGUGAAUGGACAGUUCACAUUCAUUCGUAAGUCAUGUGUAAAUUUUAACUGUAAUUUAAAGCAGCGUAUUUUUCUAACUUAUUUCAAAAUGAGCAAAAACUAAAAACAUCAAAUAUUGCAAUUACGAAGCAACUUAACUAGUUUAGUCAAACUGAGUCAAUCAGAGCGAUAUUUUUCCAGAAAAAUGUAAUAAUCACUUAUUAGAGUCGACAACACUAAAGACGACACCGACACAUGUUAAAAUAUAAAUUAGUAACCCCUCAAAAUCGCAUUAUAAAAUUGUUGUGGUUAUUUAAACACAUCUGCGACAAUGGCAACUAUAAGCAAAACAAUAAGUAUUCCCAUCAAACAUAUAUGAAAUUAUCUAGAUUGAGAUUGACCUUGCGCCAGCAAGCUAUUAUUAAUUAGUAGUGAUAAAUUUCCUCACUUUUUUCAAUCGAGUAUAAAAUUGUGUCAACCAGUUCAAAUAUUAAUCAAGCGCUCAUCAGAUUGUUAAUUUCGAAGCAAUCCAUUCUCUUCACUUCACUACCUCUGCUCUACAUAGACGAAAAAAGUAUAGAAAAAAUGUCGUCAGCAAUCAGUUUUUACAGUCCCUAAUUUGUAAUGUAAGUUGCAGUUGCAACCUGAUGCAACCAAGCAAAAUCAGAACAAAAAAAAACGAAAAUAAAUUUUACAUGCCUAGGUGUGACACAAUAGCGAAAGACACAUUUUUGCUUUGUUAUCAAAAGUUAGCAGCCGUCGAUUCUAAUUAGUAGAAAAUAAACCUAUCAGUAGAACACCGAAUGGACGAAACGUGGCCGUACUGUAAAGGAUACUAGCGGAAUGGUGGGGGCAAACCCCAGGAGAUUGAAUAUAUUUUAGUUUAAUUAAAUGAGCAAAA